AGUUAGGCAGAGGAUACAUGAUUUAAAAUAAUAAAAAUGAAAAAGUUAGAUAGAUCUCACCUCAACUAUAUAUGAUGAAGCAGUUUUGAUAUUAAAUUCCAAUAUUAUCUUCAUACUUCUCUCUUAAUUUGCAGCAGCUUCUUCAACUUGGAGAUAUGGAAAACAAGGAAGAGAAAAAAAUUAUGCUGACCAAGUCAGUACUACAACUGGCAAAUGAAUUAGAUUCAGAAGAGGGUGGUUACAAGGCCCCUAAUCUUUUGCAACGCUUAUUAAGUGUAUUCAAGAAUGUACGGCUAGGAUCUGAUAUCACACACUUCCAGAUGCCACCACCGUUUAACAUACCAAAAUCACAACUUCAAUACACCGGUGAAUCAGUGUACUGCAGUGCUUCAGAUUUGCUAAGCACAUGCAACAGAGAACAGAAUCCAGUGGAUAGGUUGAUAUAUGUUGUAGCAUGGUUCAUAUCUUCCACACGCCCUGUAACUUUUGGGGUUGCUCCUUAUAAUCCAAUUCUUGGUGAGACACAUCAUGUUUCAAAGGGAAAUCUUAAUGUGUUAGUUGAACAGGUGUCACACCACCCUCCAGUAACUGCUCUCCAUGCAACUGAUGACAAGGAAAACAUUGAAAUGAUAUGGUGGCAGCAACCUGUUCCUAUAUUUUAUGGCACAUCAGUUGAAGGUAAAAUUAAUGGUAAAGGGAAACUGAAGCUCUUAAAUCAUGGAGAAACAUAUGAGAUGAACUCUGCUAACCUUUUAUACAGAGUUCUUCCAGUUCCUAGUGUUGAUUGGGUUGGUACAGUUAAUCUAAGAUGCUUAGAGACAGGCCUAGUGGCUGAGUUAUCCUACAAAUCAAGUCCUUCUUUUCUAGGACUUGGUGGAAAUCAUAAAGUAAUUAAAGGGAAGAUCUUUGACUCUUCAUCUUCCAAAGCUCUGUAUGAACUUGAUGGUCAAUGGGACAGGACUAUAAAGCUGAAGGAUAGAAUAAAUGGGGAAGUUAGAGUGAUAUAUGAUGCAACAAAAGGCAAUUCAGGGCUACUUAUUCUCAAGAAUGAAGAGAGUGUGUGGCCAACUGAAUCAUUACAUGUUUGGGGUGAAUUGAGCCAAGCCAUAAUGAGAAAAGAUUGGGAUAAAGCAAGAGAAGCAAAGCAAGCUGUGGAGGAGAGACAAAGGAAGCUAAUGAGAGAAAGAGAGUCAAAAGGAGAAAAAUGGAUUCCUAAACAUUUUGAAGUGUCUCACAGCAAAGAGGUAGGAUGGGAUUGUUCACCUAUUCAAAAUUUUGUAUCAGCUGCUCCGAUCAAAGCCUUCCGCAAGUAACCGGUCGCUUAGGUUGCUCCCUUGAGGGAGCUGGCUAGUGCCGGAUAUUUGCUAUAUCCAACUACAUGAAUCAGCGAUUGCUUAAGUCUGUCCACCUAUAAUUGUUAUUAUAUAUUAUGUAGUAAUGUUUUUCUUUCUUGUUUUUAAUUAUAAAUAUGCAGUUAUAUAUUGACCUAAAUAAAUGAAAUAUGUCCAUAACUAGGCCAACUAGGCCAUGUAUUCCUCCUUUCAUUUUUUUAGACUCAUGUAUAACAAGUUGUUUAUUGAUGAUUAUAUUAAAAAAUGUGGAUUCUAUCUA